AUGUAUGUGUGAAAACUCUGAGUGCUAGACGACAAUAUUGCCGUUUGCUGCUGCCGUGCCGGCCGCCAAGUUACCGCACUAAAAAUUCACAAAAUUCACAACCAAACGGUCGGGCAGACAGAAAACCUGCGAAUAGUUCGUCUUUAGCGCGCUGGUUGUAAAGGCGUCUUUUUCUCAAAGCGCUCUGACUUUUCUUCCUCUCCAUAUUCAAAUCCGUUGAAUGUGUUCUUUAAAAAAAAAAACUUCUUCGGACAGAUAAAAAAAUAUUUGUGGGAAAAUAAAUAAUAAUAAAAAUAUAUUUUCAAAUAAAAUAUAUUUAAAACAACAACAAAACCGCUAUAAAAAAUUAUAACAGUUUGCAAAAAAAAAUAACCAAAACCUUUUUUUUUUUUUUGAAUUUUUCCUGACGUGAAAACUUAUAAUAAAUUCCCUCAAAGGCAAUUUAAGAGAGAGAAAAAAUCACAAGUUUAAAAAAAAACCGCAAAUUAUAACAGUAAAACAAACAAACAUACAAAUUAAAAAAAAAAAAAAACUCCCGCAAUUAUUUCUAUUACAUCUCCAUAUUGUUGAAUACAGAGAAGAGAAAAAAAAAAAAUAAAACAAAAGAAAGUGUCCAUCCGUGGUGUCAUGCAUAUACCAUCAACAAUCUGUAAACACCACCAUUGUCAGCAGCAUCCUUUUAACAACAACUACUACCAGCAAAUAAUAACAACAACAACUACAACAUUAAAAACGAGCUCUAAUAAAAAACAAAAUUUUGCCGCUAGUCAAAGAUUAAUCGAAGCAACAAAAAACAUCAUUGUUCCCUUGAAGAGAAUAUUUUUUAUAAGAAGUUCGCGAAUUUUACUGCAAAAGUGUCAAAAACUGUGUUGGUGAGAAAGAAAGAGAGAGAAUUUUUUUUUUGAAUUUUGUUAAAAAAAUAAAGGACAUUUUAACAAAAAAAAUUUAAACAAACAAAAUAAAUACUAAAAAAAAAAGUGUGAUAAAUAUUUUUCCUUGGAUUAAAUCAAUUACCGUUGGACGGUAAUUUGGAAUUUUCUUAAGAGCCCCAUAGUGCUAAGAAAAUAACAUUGUAUUAAAAAACUUUGAUACAGAAGUAAAAGAAAUACUAAAACAAAAUGACGCAGUUUUAUCCAAGCGCUUUUAGCUCAUCAAAUUCGCUCUUAGAACCCGAUUGGACCGAUAGCGAUGCCUUCGGUCAGGGUUAUGGUAUCAUUAGCGCUGAUCCAGAAGAACUCUUCGAAGGUUUAUGCUCGAUACCGCGCUCGAUAUGCGACGAUAUAAGACUCCUCGAAUCGGGUGGUCCCAUUGAAUUUCCCGGUAGUGAAAAUUCAGAUUUUGAUGAUACAACACUACCAGAAAUUCGCAAUUAUAAUUGUAUGUGGUCGGGCAAAUGUUCCCCGGAAAAUAGAUCAUCAAAUUCAACAUCAAGUGAUAGCAAUGUAUCAGAUUCAGUACCAAUGGCAGCAAUUAUAAAUAAUAAUCAUAAAAUGAUUGCAACAGUUAUUAAAACAGAACCCAUUGAUGAAACAGAAAAUCAUUUAAGACUUAUAACACGUCAAAGUCAACAACAUCAAAUACAGACUCAACAACAACAACAACAAAAUACAAAUCAACAGAGCAUGCAAAAAAUACCGCCUGGCACGUCACUAUUAUUGAAUUCAAGAAAAACGACAACGACGACAACGACGACAACAAUGAUGACAAACCAGCAGCUAACGACACAGCAACAGCAACAGAUUCACAAGAAAUCUAAAAUAAGCAACAGUAUACAAAAUCCAGUGAUACAGACAACGGAAUUCUUACGUGAUCGCGAUUUAAUGGCUUCAUCAUAUACAUCGCCCACCACAUUCGGCCGGCCCGAUACACCGCACAGUUUAGAAGAAGACGACGACGAUGCCACUGAGUUCAAACAUUCAUAUGAUUUGACUGCAUGUGUCAUGGGAUCAAAUAAUAUCUCACUAUUGGAUUCAAAUGAUCCUGACAAAAUGAUGGCCAUUAAUAGAUUGCGCGAACAGUUGGAAGAUACAACAACAAUUACAACAAAAAUCGAACCCAAUCAUGUUGAAGAUGGCUCACUGGCGGAUGUACUAAGUGUCAUUGUUAAAGAUAGCAUAUAUGAUAAGAAUUGUCGUAUUAAAGAAGAAGAUGAGGGUUUCUUUGAUCGGCAAUAUUCAUCGUCGUCACAACAAAAUAAUAGUUCGGCGGGUGAUUGGGAUUCAUCGGAUGAUGCAUCAUCGUUUGAUGGAGAUGCAACUUCAUUGUUAUCGAAAAGAAGUGGUUGCUCUUCGUCUAUGUCGUUUUCUUCGUCGAAUGUGAUUGGUAGUAAUACAGCUUAUCCAAUCAAGCAUAGUGAUCAUAGCUAUACAAGAAGUAAAGAUGGAAUCGAUGACAUAAGUCCAAAUCUGGAAACACCAUCUGAUUCGGAUGAAGAAAUCGAUGUUGUAUCAAUUGGUGAUAAAAAACUUCCAACAAAUCCAUCAGACAAAGAUCGCAGAGCCCUACAAACAAAAGUCGCUCAUAAAUUCUCUGCAGCUCGUAUAGUCAAAACACCCGGUGGCAUAAGAACAAUACCACCACGAAGACGUGUCUCUUACGAUUUACCCUACACACCAAAUAGUAGUGUAAGUCCAAUCAAAUCUGGUUCAUCUUUAGCUGCAUCUCGUAAUCCAUCACCAACAAGUACGCCCUACAGCAGUAGUAGUUUAUAUUCUUCAUCAUCAUCGUCAUCAUCAUCCAAAUACCAUCAUCAUCAUCAUAGUUCAUCGUCGUCAAGAAAACGUAUUGCUGCAGCUAAUUGCAGUAGUAUACGAACCGGAGGUGGUGGUAGUGUCAUUAUAAAUGGUUCAAAUUCUGAUGAGUUUAUGCCACCAAGUAAACGUAAUCGUGGUAAAAAACAAAAGAACAACAACAACAACAGUACUACACCCUCAAAUGUAUCAUCAUCAUCAUCAUCGUCAUCACUUAAACGUCAUUACAGUGUUGACGAAGUCGAUACCAUCGAGAAGCGUAAUUUACACAAUGAUAUGGAACGUCAACGACGCAUCGGAUUGAAGAACCUCUUUGAAGCUUUGAAAAAACAAAUACCCAGUAUAAAGGACAAGGAACGUGCACCCAAGGUAAAUAUCCUUAGAGAAGCGGCAAAAUUAUGCGAGAAUUUAACACGUGAGGAACAACAUUUAAGUGAUCAGAAAGAAAUGCUUAAAGAACAGUUGAGAAAACGUCAGGAAAUUUUAAAUCAACUUAGAUCGAAACAAAGAUGUUGAUAAUUUUUAAUUUUUAUUUAAACAAAAAAAUACUAACAAAAAAAAAAUUGUAAAUAUUUAUAAAUAUAAAUGUUUUUUUUUUCUUUUUCUAUAUCACAAAAAAGAAAAAAAAAUAA